AUGCUUCUAGCAUUAUUCUCCUCAUUGACUGUUAAUGGCGAGACCCUUCUUGGCUGUGCUGCAGUUCAUUGUCCAAACCUCUCACCUGAUUACGAAGAAACGUCAUGUCAGGUUCAGGAACAAGACCAUACUUGGGUGGGCAUCGAGACUGUACCGAAUCCAGUUGACGCCUCUGCUGGUGACUUCACAUGGACUCUUGGUGUGCAGCCUGGGCCCGAUCUGUAUGGUGGUGGUAAUGUCAAAAUACCUGGUGUCACACGAUCGUUCUAUCUUGGUACGCCUCCUGGGACCGAUCUGGCCAAUGCUAGCUACACAGGGUGUGCCCUCAUAUUCGACAGGCCCGACAGCCAUGGUUUCGUUCUUCCGUACGGCUCAGGCGACCCUACUCAAGUCACAUCCGACUCUUGCAGCUGGGGGUUUGGCAUGGAUACUGGUGACCAAUGCCUGGAGGACCUCCAAGCUGCCGCGCUCGAAAUUGCGGCCGCAGCAACACAUGAGGAGAACAGUACAACGAUUUGCAUAAACAUUGCCGACUCAAUAUCGCGAACGGCACCCGCCUCGUGCUCGCGAUUGCAACAGAAUGACAUCUAUCCUUACACAGUCCACCCCGUAGUGCUCACAGGAUCCAAUGCUCCGGAACCCAUCUCCCCUUCCACGAAUGCAUCGUCAAAUUGCUGGCCGACACUUCCAAAGACGAAUGAGCUCACUCCUCUAUACUCAUUCAACUAUAGCACCAAUGACAGCUUUUCAUGGUUCGCAUACAGUCCAGUAAUGAGCUUGUUUUUCGAUACGGGGAGCUCGGCCUCGUCUUCUGAUCGUCUACGACAGUCUUCCUUCCACUGUUUGAAGGCAAUCGACUCAAACGACUUUGCUAAUGCUAUCGAGACAAAUGGUUCGGGCAUAGAGGGCGCGGCUAGGCGUGAAAGCAGCAUCGGCUGGGCUGCCAGUCUCUUAACGAUAGUGACUAUGACUGUUAUGUAUCUUGGAGCUUAG